CCAGCCCUCGCACUCUGUCCUCGCCCGCCCCUGCCUCCUCUCCACCGCAUCCGCGCUCACCUCGCCGCACCACCCUCACGACACCCUCCGCCUACUCGCACUCACGCAUCCUCACGACGCCUCACGACUAACGACUUUGCCCCAUCUACGCUGCCGCCGUUGCUGCCGCGCGCGCCAGGACCCUAUCGCCGCCACUCGCUGAGCCGCGCCGUCGUCCGCACACCGCUGCAUCUGACGCCGCUGGUGCUGUCGAACCUGCGCCUGCGCUCUGCACCUGCACAAGCGUGCUUCUUGUCUGAGAGUCACCCAGCACCAUGCCCAACAUCCUGCCGUCGCGCUCGCCGCUGCUGACGCCGCGGCGCAGCUCGCACGGCUUCUCGCGCACGCGCACGAGCAGCGGCGAUGUGCCCGUCGCCGCCGUGCCCACGUCGGCCGGCGCACUGGCGUCCGUGACCCAUGCGCCGACGUCGCCCGUCGUCUCGGGCCUGGCGCUCAGCGAGCAGUACCAGCUGCUGGAGAAGCUCGGCACGGGCUCGUUCGGCACCGUGUACAAGGGCAUGCACCGCGAGACGCGCCAGAUCGUCGCCAUCAAGCAGAUCGACCUCGAGGACUCGGACGACGACAUCAGCGAGAUCCAGAUGGAGAUUGCGCACCUGGCGCAGUGCGAUAGCGAGUGGGUCACGCGCUACUACGGCAGCUUCGUCAAGGGCUACAAGCUCUGGAUCGUCAUGGAGUAUCUGGCUGGUGGCUCGUGUCUCGACCUGCUCAAGGCCGGUCCGUUCCGCGAGGAGCACAUCGCCAUCGUCGUGCGUGAGCUGCUGCUCGGCCUCGAAUAUCUGCACAACGAGGGCAAGAUCCACCGCGACAUCAAGGCCGCCAACGUGCUGCUGAGCGCCUCAGGCAAGGUCAAGCUGGCCGACUUUGGCGUGGCUGCGCAGCUGUCGAGCAACAAGUCGCGCCGCAACACAUUCGUGGGCACCCCCUUCUGGAUGGCGCCCGAGGUGAUCCGCCAGGCGGGCUACGACGCCAAGGCGGACAUCUGGUCGCUCGGCAUCACCGCCAUCGAGAUGGCCAAGGGCGAGCCGCCGCUGGCCGAGUACCACCCGAUGCGCGUGCUCUUCCUGAUCCCCAAGGCCAAGCCGCCGACGCUCGAGGGCAACUUCAGCCGCGAGUUCAAGGACUUUGUCGAUCUGUGUCUCAUCAAGGAGCCCAAGCAGCGCCCGUCGGUCAAGGAGCUGAUCAACCACCGCUUCAUCAAGGGCGCGCGCAAGACGAGCGUGCUGACGGACCUCAUCGAGCGGCACCAGGAGUACAAGGCACGCGGCGCCAACCGCGGCGGCAACAUCGUGCGCGACCACCUGCAGAACGGCACGCAGAUGAGCAACCGCGACGGCGACUCGUCGAUGGACCCCAACGGCACGGUGAUGAGCGCCUGGCAGUUCGACACGAUGCGCUCGGCCAUGGACUCGUCGCUCGACGACAGCUUCGAGAGCGUCGACGUGUGGCAGACGAGCGGACGCGGCCCGCCGAGCGUCGGCGAGGACCGUCCGGGCUAUGCGACGGUGAAGAAGGACAUGCGCCCCGUCGGCGAGCUCAUGGGCGCGAUGGAGAGCAACGUGAUGUCCCGCAGCCGUCUGCUCGCAGACGCGGCGCCCAUCGACGACGACGCGUCUAGCAUCCACAGCGGCACAAGCGACAACACGUCGCGCGCCGGCGGCAGCACGCCGGCGACGAGCGCUGCGUCGACGCCGAUGCGUGAGGACGCUUCGUCUUCGUCUGUGCACAUCAACGCCCUCAAGAAUUCGUUCCGCGGCAUGCGGCCGGGCGGCCCCGACACUGAGCACCUCGAGUCGCCUUCGCGGCCCAGUCUCGCUGCCUCGCGCCUGGCACCGCCUCCGGGCGGCGCCGGAGCCGCCGGCGCAGUCGAGGAGGAGCCGCCGAGCCCACUCGGCCGCGGCCGCCCGAGCACGUCUGAGGCGACGGCCAGCUGGGCGCGUGGCGGUGGCAGUAGCCGCGCACGGCGCAGCAGCUGGAACGAGCGCCACGACAUCAACGGUACGGUGCUGCGCGAGGCAGACGUGGCAACGGGCAUGGACACGAUUCGGCCAGUCAAGCGACUGGAUGCCGGCGGCAGCGCGCGCAUCAGCUCAGAGUACAUCGGCAGCCCGCGCACUGCUUCUGCGGGCAGUCCAUCGGGCAGCGGCCUCGCCGCACCCGUGCUCGACACUGCCAGCGCACAGCGCACGCCCGGCAGCCCACGCGUGGGACAUAGCAAGUCGCGAAGCGGCUCCGGCGGCGUCUCGGAGGAGAACCUGGAGCAAGCCGGCCAGGCGCUCAUCUCCGACGUCGUGCUGCCGGUGCUGGAGCGUGCCAAGGCCGAGAACAUGCCGGCGCACGAGAUCGAGGCGCUCUCGAUGAUCGCCAAGGGCUUCGAGAACCUGGGCGCCUCGAACCCAAAGCUCGCGUACACGACGAUCGUCGACCUGCUCAUCGGCAUGAGCGAAAACGAGCAGGCGCGGGCCAACAUCUCGACGACGUUCCGCGCCAAGCUGCAGCCCACGUCGCCCGUGCAGCCGGCAGCGGCGGAGCAGGAGCGCAGCUCGCCCAUCGUCGACCUGCUCUACGGCCGCUGGAUCGAGGGCCUGCGCAGCCGUUGGGUCGGCUACUAAGCCUGCACCUCGGGAAAAGUCUGCACCGUCUCACUAGGCUCCUUAUAAUCCUCUUUCCUCGCUCGCCGUCGCUCGACGUGCCCGAAGCGCUCCCCUCUCCUCAUCUCCACGUCUAUCCCUGUUCGUCUCGCAUCUCUUAGUCCUACCUGUCGAUACCUGCGCCUCGCCCCGUCCCCUCUCACGUGGCCUGUGUCCGAGGCGCCUGUUUUCUUCGCCGCCCUGUUCUUCCCGCACCCUUAACGACUGUUGCGCCACGACGCAGUAUAACGACACCGCGACGAAUGCAACGAUUGCUCUGACAUU